AUGGAGAGUGUAACAUGUGUCCCAUCUUUAAUUGAAACAUUUUCCGAUGAUGUAUUUUUUGAUGUCUUCGAUCGUCUAUCAUCCAUGGAUUUAUACAAAGCCUUUGAUGGACUUAAUAAUCGUUUCACUGCAAUAUUAAAUGACCAUCGUAUGCAUUUUCGUGAUAAUAUUUCAUGUUUGAAUUUAGACGAAUUUCAUUCGUAUAUUGAAAAUAUUCUUCCAAAAAUUAUCGAUCGUCUUGUUUCAUUUACAUUCGGAACAUAUGAUACUGAUGAGUAUCAACAAGUUACUUUAUUUUUACAUAAAUAUUCUAUUGAUUUAAGUUGUUUUAAACACCUUCGUACAUUAGUUAUUAAUAAUAUUGAAAUAUCUGAUAUAUCUACUGUUCAAUUAGCACUUACUAAUCUUAUUCAUCUUGUUAACAUACGUUUAUCAGUCGAUAGUAAUGAUAUUGGAAAUUUGUCAUGCGUUCAUGUUGGUAACAGUCUUUUCGCUAGUCCUCGAUUAAAACAUGUUAAAAUGAAUAUGUGUUCUCGAACAACAUUUAAUAAUCUAGAUAAAAUAUCUAAUAUUACACAAUUAUCAAUUGUAUGGUGUCAAUUGCAAGAACUGACAUGUUUACUUCAGUAUACACCUAAUUUAUAUACUCUGAAGGCAACAAUUUGUGGAUUGGAGGAUGUAGACGAAUGGAAAGAAAAGAUUUGUGGGAAUUUCACUGGAAAGUAUUGCCUUCAUUUAAAUUCUCUUAAGUUAGUUGUGGAGUCAAUUUCAUUCGAUUAUCUUUUAUUAUUUCUUACUGAAUUAACUCAAUUGCGAUCUCUUUGGCUAUUGCUUAAUCAUCAUGAAUGUAUGAAUGUUGAAAAAUGGAAAAACAUUUUUCAAUCAUCUUUAUCAAAAGUCGAUCAAUUGGAUUUAACAAUAGCGUUGAUGAAACCAUUUGUAACUCAACAACUAUUGACGUUUUCAAAACCAUCUGAAAUAUGUGAAAAAUUUAAUACUAAAUUUUGGUAUAGUCGAGGUUGGCAUGCUAAAUUGAAUGAAUAUGAUCAUUGUAUACGAUUAAUCGUAUCAAAUAACUUGAUGCCAAUUAUUAAAAAAGCAAAACGAGAGUGA